AUGUCUGUGAGACAGACACUCAAGAUGCUUGGCCUCAGUGCCCUGGCCAUCACCAUAAGCGUGGAGUGGCUGAGCUGGCUGUUCCGCCGUCUGUGGCCAGAGCGCUCCCCCCGGGGGCCGCUGAAGGAAGUGCUCUUCUUUCCUACCACCACCACAUGCGUGGAGCACCUCCUCAAUCCUAACACAAGAUCCACCGUCUCUUGCCCCUGCCCCUGCCCCCUCCCGCAUGGAUUGGAGACCCCCUUCACUCGGCUCCUGCAGCACCUCCUGUCGGCCUCAGUGUCCCUGGACCUGUGUGUCUUUGCCUUCUCCAGUCAGGAGCUGAGUCGGGCCGUGCUGCUUCUGCAGGGCAGAGGGGUGGCUGUGCGGGUCAUCACUGAUAAGGACUACAUGGUCAUCACCGGCUCCCAGAUCGGCACGCUCCGCAAGGCAGGGAUCUGUGUGAGACAUGAAAUGGGAGCCGUCCACAUGCACCACAAGUUUGCGGUGGUGGACGGCCGGCGUCUCAUCACGGGCUCCCUCAACUGGACCCUGACAGCUAUCCAGAGCAACAAGGAGAACAUCCUGGUGACCGAGGAGCCAGACCUGGUCCGUCCCUUCAUUAGGGAGUUCCAGCAGCUGUGGGACUCCAAUGAUCCUGCACGGCGCUUCCCCAGCACCUCUCCUUUAACCAAUGAACUGCCACACCUCAGAGACAGGGUGUCAUCUGUCUAA